AUGGAACGUUGUGCCUUUUGUGGGUGGAAUAGAAAAAAUGCAUUUGGUAAUAUAAGAUUUUUUGGAAUUCCCAAAGAACCAGGAAUGAAGAGAAUACAGUGGUUAUAUGUAUUAGCAAAUAGAAAUAUAAAUCCAAAAGAAAAGGUAAAAGUUUGUAGUGUUCAUUUUCGUAGUGGUCGACCUUCUUCAGAUCCAUCUCAUGAAGAUUUUGUUCCUCAUUUGUAUAUAAAUGCUCCACCAUUACCAGAAGAACUUGAUUAUAUAGAAAAUUUACAUAGAAAUAAUGUUAAAAAUAUUGGAGUAACACAUAAAAUUAAUAAUUCUGAACAUAAAGAUCAAUCUAUUUCUGGAAAUUCUGGUCCAUCAACUAUGAGAAAAAAUAAUAAUAAAGGUCCACCUAGUAAAAAGUUAAAAUUAGAAAGUGAUAAAGAGGAAUAUGAUGAAAAAGAUACAGUAGAUGAUAAUAACAGUAUGAAUGAAGAUUCAGAAGAAAGAGUAAAUCAUCAAAAUCAUAAUAAUAAUGGUCUUGAAAAUGGUAAUCAAGAAAUGAAAAAUGAAGAAAUAAAUUCAAAUCAAGAAAUACUUCAAUCACAAAGAAUGCCUCUAUUAAAUGGAAGUAAUGCUCCUAAUGCAAGGAGAAUAAAAGUUCAACAUGUCCCUAAACACGUGGUAGAAGCUGCGAAUUUACAACCAGGAGUUUCUGUAAUUCUCAGAAAGUAUUUACGGCAUUAA